AUAUAGUAUUAUGUGAGAGGAAUUCGAAUCUAUCAUAUCUGCGCUUCAUAUAUCACCUUCGGUGAAUUGGAAGUGUCAAUGUGAUUCGGAAUAGAAUCAACUAUCAAUCAACAUCCGCUUGAAAGGUGAUAUCGCUCUUUUGAUCUGCUGGCGAGAAAUGCUACUCGUAUUAUGUGAGAGUAUAGUUGAGAAAUGGAAUUGUGGCUGUUUGUGGAACCCAAGAGCCCAGAAUUCCCACCUAAAUGAUUCUAGCAAACUAAGAGCCUUAUCUUGGAGGCUAUGAUCAUGUAUUGUAACGAACCUAAUAUAAACCCGGGUUUAGCAAAAGUAUCGAUUGAGUUUAAAAGAUAUUUAUAUGCAAGUUGCCUUUUUUAAACACCAGAACCGAGUAUGAGAUUCUUCACAUCCGUUACUGAUGGUUUACUACGCGCCCGAGUGUCUGUGAUACUUUGGAUACUCGGCACAUUAUCCCUUCAGAUAUCGACUGUCCAAGCUAACACUGAUGUGUUCGAACCUCUAGAGUCGACAAUUGAGAGCGUACGGACUGCGCUUGUCACGAAGUCGACUACUUGUCGUACUGUGGUGUCUUCUUUCCUUUCCCGGAUUGAGAAAUUUAAUCCGACUAUCAAUGCAAUCGUUAGUCUUAACCCUGAUGCUCUCUUCGCAGCAGAUGAGUUAGAUAAGAAACUUGCCGCCGGCGACCUAGCAGGCAAGCUUCUCUGUGUUCCCGUCUUGCUGAAGGACAACUAUGACGCUGUGGGCAUGAACACGACAGGGUCGUGUGCUGAUUUGGCCGGCAACCGCCCCAUCGUCGAUACCCCUUCCGUCAAGGCACUUAGAAAAGAAGGUGCCGUGAUUCUAGGUAAAACGAAUCUGCAUGAAAGUACGUGUCCUCUGGAUUCUAAAUGGAUAUUUUCACGUAUGGGAGCUAUGCUGACCAAGACUGGAAUAGUGGCGCUGGAGGGCCUCACAGUGUCAUCGCUAGGAGGUCAGACGAUAAACCCAUACGAUCAAACCCGGACUCCGGGGGGUAGUAGUGGUGGCACCGGUGUCGCGAUUGCAACUAGCUUCGCAGUCUUUGGCACAGGUACGGAUGCCGUCAACAGUCUCCGUAGUCCGGCAAGCGCGAAUAAUCUCGUCAGCGUGCGUCCGACUCGGGGGCUUAUAUCGAGAGCAGGUAUCAUGCCCGUCAGCUUCACACAGGACAGUAUUGGGCCCAUCGCAAGAAGUAUCCAAGACCUUGCGGUUGCACUAACCGUAAUGGCGAGCGUUGGCGCUGACGAAGCUGAUAAUGCUACUCUCCUUGUCCCACCGGACGGCAGAGGAAUGGAUUAUACACGAGGUUUAAAUGACGGAAGUCUCAAUGGACUUCGAAUUGGAUUGUUGAACGGAUUCUGGAACCACACGGCAUCUGAUGAGACGACUCCGGUAAUCGACGCUCUGAAAAGCACCAUUGACUUCCUCAAAUCAGAGGGUGUCGAAAUCAUCAACGUGACAGAAUCAAUCUACAACACAUCAUCAAUAGCCGAUUUCGAUGUCCAGCAAUAUGAAUUCAAAGAAUCACUGAAUAAUUACCUGUCCAGUCCUAACCUUACCGGGGAUAGACCGACUACUUGGGACGAGGUAUAUGAGAGUGGAAAAUUCCUGGUUAUCCCUGCUCAAUAUAGCUUCAUAAACAACUCUAGGGUUCGGUCGCUAGCUGAUCUGGGAUAUACAACGGCUAAGCAAGGAAUCGAUCGCCUCAAAGCAGCAGUUAAUAAAACAUUCGUUAGCAAUAAGCUCGAUGCUGUUAUCUACCCGGAGCAGAAAAAUCUCGUAGUCAAAAUCGGCUCGCCGUCCCAGGCUGGACGUAAUGGCAUUCUUGCCGCACUGACCGGCGUUCCCGUGGUCACCGUUCCAGUCGGAUUCUCGCAACCAUCGCUGGACGCGCCAAUUGGUGUUCCCAUUGGAAUGGAGAUAUUAGGCCUUCCAUUCAGCGAGGAGAAGCUGCUUAACAUUGCUAAUCACUUUACUUGCCUUCGACCAUUGCGCAAGACGCCGGCGUUCGCAAACGAUACCGUGCCGACAAAACCUUAUGUUUCGGUGCCGACGAUGCACCCAAAUGUCUCCAAUAUUUCUCCAGAAUACCCUCUCGGUGUCCUUUACUAGUAUAAUAGGGGAGAGUAUAAAGGUUGAGACAUAUUGAGGCUGAUAAAAAUGUUGGGGAGUUACAUGCGGCUAAUUCAUGUAAUUCGUCGACGUUCAUGCGAGCAAAUGCAG